CCCAUCCCUUCCAGCGGCACACAAGAUUGUUAUGGGAGGAGCCUCAGCCAGUCUGUGUUGGGUAAUAACUCCUCAUUCCCAUUCCAGUGAUUUUGCUUCAUAUCCUGUUCCUUAGACACCCUAGGAGAACCAGAUUUUUCCACUCUGGUGUCAUUGUAAGCAAGGACUUUGGUUCCAAAGCAGUGGGGCAGGGGUCAAGGGGUGUGGGUAACAGGCGUGGCCUUCUGUGUGUUCACCACUAAGCAGGAAGAUGAUCUGAAAGUUAGCCCGGCCCACCUGGGACUGGCACUAACCUUUGCCAGCUCUGGCCUUGGCUGUAGGAAAGCAUGAGCCUUGAAAGCUCCGGAAGUUGCCUUCCUGUCUUCCCCUGAGGAGAAUCCCGAGGUGUUUCUUGAAACCAAGCUAGGCCCAGUGGCCUGAAGAAAGGGUUUUUAAGCUCUUCCUCUCCCCUUGAAGGGACCACGGGGAUGAAUACACCUCCCAGGGAAAGCAGCAAUAACUUUGUGCACACUGAGCAACCACCCACUCCACCCAUCCAGGACCCGUCUGAGAGGGUUGCUGCCUGCUGCGGGCCCCACCCUGGUAUGCUGUCUCUACUCCCAUGCAGCUAGAAGCCAGGAGAGGAGGUGCUCGUCCUGGCCGGAUAUCGCGCACAGAAGGAGGACGAGCUGAGCCUGGCGCCUGGUGACGUGAUCCGGCAGGUGUGCAAGGGGCCCGCACGGGGCUGGAUGCGUGGAGAGCUGGGGGGCCGUUGUGGCCUCUUCCCGGAGUCCCUGGUACAGGAGAUCCCGGAGACUCUCCACUGCUCGGGGGAGACGCCGAGACCGCGCUGUGCGCGCCGCCGAGGUCGCUCAGUCAAAUUUCUGGGCCCCCGAAGAUGGUGCAAGGCAAACUUCAACUACACCCCGGAGCAGGCGGACGAGCUGCAGUUGCAAGCUGGGGAGAUUGUGGAAGUGAUAAAGGAGAUUGAAGACGGCUGGUGGCUGGGGAAGAAGAACGGGCAGCUGGGAGCCUUCCCAUCCAACUUUGUGGAGUUGCUGGACAGUGGGCCCCCAAGCCUUGGCAAUCCAGACAUCCCUUCAAUCAUCCUUGGUCCCCAGCGGCCUCAGAAGCUGAGCAGCCUGACCUAUGACAGCCCUCCAGACUACCUGCAGACCGUCUUCUACCCCGAGACCUACAGGGUCCUGUUUGACUACCAUCCUGAGGCCCCAGACGAGUUGGCGCUUCGGAGGGGUGAUGAGGUGAAAGUACUGAGGAAGGUCACAGAGGAUAAGGGCUGGUGGGAAGGAGAGUCUCAAGGCAGAAGAGGACUUUUCCCGGAUAACUUUGUGCUCCCACCACCCGCAGUCAAGAAGCUGGUCCCACGGAAAGUGGUAUCUCAGGAAUCAGCUCCUGUUAAGGAACCCAAAAAGAUGAUGCCCAAAACAGUCCUCCCUACAGUCAAGAAGCUGGUGACAGCUCCCAGUGAGCCCAGCAAAACCAAGCCAUCUUGGACACCCAGCGGAGACAGUCAGAAGCGCCCCUCCCGAAACUCCAGCUCCAACAGCGGUUUCCAGCCUGGCAGAAAGCGAUCCAAGACACAGGCUUCCCAGCAACGCCCUGCAGCCAGUCAGGAUGAAAAGCAGAGGCGCCUUACAAAGGGCCCUCGUGUGAAUAAAACCCCAAUUCUGAACAAGACCGCCAGCCCAGAGAAGACACCAACUCUGGAUAGGGCCCCCAGACCAGAGAAAACCCCACCUCCAGAUAAGACCCCCAGUCCAGAGAAGACUCUGUCUCCAGAUAAGUCCCCUAACCCAGAGAAGACCCCACCUUCAGAAAAGACCCCCACUCUAGAGGAAACCCUAAUUCCAGAGAAGGUCCCUACCCUCAAGGAGACCCCAACCCUGGAGGACAAGGCCCCCAGUCCAGACAGGGCCCUUUCUGGGUAUGAGGCCCGGGUCCCAGAAGUCCUUGAAGAUGAGGCCUUUGGUCCAAAGAUGGCCCCUCCGGGGGACGAGGCCCCCACCCUAGGAAAGGUCUUGACCCCGGAGCCUGUGCUCUCUGAAGAGGCCUCUGCCGGAGACAAGAGUCAGUUCCAUCACUUCUCUCCGGAGGAAGACACCCCGCCAAACGCCAGGUCUCUUGAGGCCAGUGAGGCUCAAUCUCAAGAGGAGGUGCACACGCCAGAGGAGCCCCCCCUCGGCAUGGUGAAACAGCCCCUGGAGAGGAGGGCCAGCUCCCCUCUCCAGUCCGAGUCCAACCCCAAGUCAGGGUCCGCGCCUGCCCUUGAGAAGGCCCACCCUCAGGAAGAGCCGACGAGCCUCCUGGAGGAGGCACCACCGAAGGCUGAGACUACCCCCAAAGAUCAGGAGUCUCCCAAAGAAGGGGUGCCUUCCAAAGAGGUAACCCCUGCUCAGAAGAAUGCGGAGCCCCAAACGCCCCCCACCCUGCACUCCUCCGUCCCGCCAAAUCUCACAGACCGCAGAAGUGACGGAGACGACAUGUUGAGGAUAAAGGACCAGGUGGAGGCUUUAAGGAGGUCGCUGGAGCACAUGGGGGUGCAGCUGGAAAAGCAACUGACGGACCUCUGGGAGGAGCUGAAGAGCGAGCGGGAGAAGCGCCUACUGCUGGAGCUUCAGCUGAAGCAGAGGACCCGGGACUCCAUCCACGCGCAGACGCAGACGCACUGAGGGUGGGCCCGGGAGGGACUGCGGCGGGACCUGGAGGGAAGUCAGGCUCCGGCCACCCACGUCCUUGCACACGUCUUCGGGAAACGCCAGAAAGUAAACUCUGCCGAGUACGCGCGCCACGCCUCCCUGGUCCGUGCGGGGCGGGGCUGGCGCGGCGGGGCGGGGCUGGCGCUCGCGUUCUCCGCCGUCCGCAUUCCUGGCAGUCGCUCGCGGGCACAUCUGGCCAACAUGUGUCUCCCAUUACCCUUC